CGAACGUCUGAAAAAAACCAUGUAAGUUCAAUUUGUUGUUGCUGGGCAUCUCAAAAAAAGGAAGAACAGUGAAAGUUGCUGAGUUACAGUUUUCCACCUCUACUCAGUGCAUCAUGUUUCGUUAAUGAAACCCUAACAUCUGUAGUAUUACCAUAUCAAGUACCGCCAUAAUGGACGACGAUCCCGAGAAACGUUCGAUUACAGCACCGGAAACUGAUCAUGAAGAACAUCAAGUAUCUGAUGCUGGUCGGAGCCGUGGCGGACAAGUCACGCGAGCCAAAAUGCUCACUACACUUAUCAUCUGUUUUUGUAAUUUGAUAAAUUUUAUGGACCGCUAUUCGCUACCAGGAAUCUUGCCUAUGGUUAUCGCCGAUUUGAAGUUAAGCAAUUUCCAAGGUGGUUUACUCCAGUCGGCCUUUGUUGUCAGCUACGUAGUUGUUGCUCCUAUAGUGGGCUACUUGGGUGACAGAUAUUCCCGCAGAGCCAUUAUGGGUUGUGGUUUAUUAGUAUGGAGUAUUGUGACCAUGGCGGGAUCUUUUAUGACCACUUUCGAAACCCUUCUUAUUUUUCGCUGUCUAGGAGGAAUAGGAGAAGCAAGUUAUUCUGCUAUUGGGCCAGCCGUCAUCGGUGAUCUUUAUAUCGGUAACACCCGCUCUAAGAUGUUGGCCCUUUUUUAUUUUACCACUUUAAUCGGCGGUGGUCUAGGGUUUAUUACUGGAUCUGGCAUGGCCGCCGCCACUAAUUCCUGGAAUUGGGGGCUACGAGUAACUCCCAUAUUGUCGAUGGUGUCUGUCCUCCUAAUUGCUUUUGUCAUGAGAGAUCCUCCUCGAGGACUAAGUGAAGGUUCUCGCCUCGUCAGCACUUCAUGGCAAAAAGAUAUCGUCUACCUCCUUAAAAAUCCGAGCUUGAUGCUUUCGACCAUCGCGUCGAUUGCGGUUACUUUUACUGUCGGCGCCAUUGCAGCUUGGGGCCCACAAUACGUUUUCCUCGGCCGACAAAUCGUUAAUGAUAACUCACUCUCUUUCGACGAUAUUUCGUUGGUUUUCGGCAUCGUUACGAUUGCCUCUGGCCUUUUGGGUGUUGUAUCCGGGUCCAUCAUGGGUCAAAAACUGCGCAUCCGGUUCCCCUCAGCCGAUGCAAUCAUUUGCGGUGUCGGUAUGAUUUGCAGCGCACCCUUCUUCUAUGCCCUCUUGGUCCUCUCUUUGGGAUCUAUUUAUGCCAUCUACGUUCUUGCCUUCCUCGCGCUCUGGUUUAUUAACUUAAACUGGGCGCUUGUUGGUGAUAUUCUAUUAUAUGUGAUCAUUCCAACAAGACGAGCAACAGCGGCAGCAUUCCAAAUUCUAGUGUGCCAUAUUUUUGGUGACGCUAGUAGUCCCUUCAUCGUUGGACUGAUUUCCGAUGCCUUAAAACCUACUGUCGAAUCCGAUUCGGAGACAUUUCAGAAUUUCAAGUCCCUUGAAUAUGGCCUAUUUGUCAUACUUUUUGUUGAAGUCCUCGGAGGCUUCUUCUUUCUCGCUUGUUCGUGGUUCCUGGUUUCCGACCGGGCGAAAGCCACGCGAGCUGUGGCAGUCAGCAUACCAGAUCAAUCCGUCCUGUAUGACCACAAGAGUAAAGCCAGCCAAGUCCACGUUUUCGUUCCUGCCAAUGAUCCUGCCGCUUCCGGACACACCGUGAUGAUCAAGAGAUCUUCCCAGAUAAUGGAUGAAGUCAACUUGGAAACCGUUUAAAUUUACGGAAUACUCCGUCCUCUGUUUCUAUUUUUUACUUUCUAAAAUUUGAUUACCUUUGUUUUUUUAUUUUUUGUUGUGUCAUUCAAUUUUAUAGGUCCAAACUGACGGUUUUCCAAGUGGCCAAUAUGCUCAACUUUUUAGAAUACAGUUUUAUUUCAUUUU